AUGGGUACUGUGUGUCUGUUACCUUGUGCAGACUGUUCAAUGUUAUUCACCUUCUUCCCUUGCACUGGCCUUCUCUGUCAGCCACCUGCAAACACACUGUCUGUUUGUUUGGGUGACUUGUCAAUGCAGGAGUUAGUCAACAAGAAGACGAAACAAGACCAGUGCAAAGCAAUGAAUUUAGGGGAAAAGAAAGGAGAGCGAGUUAGCAGAGCCCAAGUGGCACCAGCACUACUGACACUGCUGCUUAGAAAUGAAAUAGAGAAUUUAGUUGCAAUGGAGCCAAGAUGCAAAUCCGAUUUGCCGCGUGUCCUACCCGCAAACAAACUCGCCGCCGCCAGCCUGGCCGCUGGUGCUUCUUCGCACUCUGGCUCUCCCCUGCAGUUCAUGCCCAAUCUGGAGGGAUUUCCGCAACCACCGCCAGCCCACAUGGGCAUCGCACCUGUGAUGAGGUGCGAGACGAAGGCCAACAUCAGCAUGUGGAUGGACAUUGAUCUGACUGGAUUAGCAGCACGGAGUCCGCUGUACAACCUGCCCGGUCAUGGCCAGAACUUUGCCUCACCCUCGCUCCUCUCUGAGUUUUCCCCAUGGGCCAAUCCGGCAAUGUACCAGGCUGCCCUUCGAGGUCAAUAUCAACUGCCAAGCGUAUCCUCAGCUGCCUUUGGUGGCUUCGGCCGUUCUUCGCUGAUGCCCCAUUCAUCACUUUCUGGUCACAACCCUUUUCAUCAUCCAAGUUUUCUGCCUUCCUCGGGCAGCAGUGCUAAUAGCAGUUUGAUGAACAGCUUUGUCAAUGGAGCAGGCAGUGGACUUGCCUCAUCAUCCACUAAUGGCAUUGGCAGUGGAGGCAGUAGCCUCAGCAAAUCUGCGACCAGUCGAAGCGCCAGCAGUAGCAGCAGUGCACUGGGUCAUACGCCCAACGGCAGUCUGGCUCAUCUGCUCUCAAACGGCCACUCCAAUGGCAGUCCCAUCGUCUCUAUCAAGCAGGAGCUCAGUCCUCAUUCCGGAAGUGCAAGCCGCCAUGGACUGAGUGCCAGCUCGCCAAGUGCCAACAGAAACAGCAGCAACAACAAUGGCAGCAGUGGCAGCCACAACUCGAGCAGCAGCAGCAGCAAUCACUCCCACAGCCACCAUCACAAUAACAAUAAUAAUAAUAACAACAACAACAACAACAACCCAAACCUGAACAACAAAAACCGCGGCAAUAGCAACAAUGACUUUAGUGAUAAUAGCAGCAAUGGUAGCAACAGUGUCAAGCUGGUCAGUCAACGUCCUCUAACGGCACCGCCGAACGGGAGUCAGCGGCCUCAGCGAUCUCCAAGAUUCACCAUGUGA